ACAGCGGCCGGAGCUGGAGCCCAAGCCGGAUCCGCGGCGGCCGCGGAGCACGGGCGCCGGCGCAGUACAAUGAAGGAGCCAGCAGAGCCGGGAGCCUGAGCCCUCGUGAAGCUGGCGAUGACAAGUCUGAAUGGUCGCCAUGCCGAGAAGACCACUGACAUGCCAAAACCAUCUGCCCCCAGAGUGCACGUGCAGAGGUCCGUGUCCCGAGACACUAUCGCCAUUCACUUCUCGGCGUCCGGCGAGGAGGAGGAGGAAGAGGAGGAGGAGUUCAGGGAGUACCUCGAGGAGGGGCUGGACGACCAAAGCAUUGUGACGGCGCUCGAAGCCAAGGAAGACCUCUACCUUGAAUCCCAGGGUGGCCAUGACUCCACUGGCCCUGCCGGCCAGCCCAUCGUGGCAGAUGGCCUGUGCGUGUCCCCUGCCAUUCUGCCCGUCUCCGAGAACACGGUAAAGCUGUUGGAGUCCCCUCCUCCGGCAGUGCAAGUAUUAAGCACAGUGCCAUUGGCUCUGUCCCCAGGGUCGUCUUCGCUGGGGCCCUUAGCUAGCUCUCCCAGUGUGUCUUCCCUUUCCGAGCAGAAAAUCAGCUCUUCCUCCCCAUUGUCCUCCCCUUCCAAGUCUCCUAGCCUGUCCUCCAGUGCCUCGUCCUCCACCCUGUCUGGUACCAGGCGCUUCAUGAGCCAUGGGAAGUCCCAGUCAACCGAGGUGGAGCCAAAAGAAUUCCCACAGCCCUCGAGGCGCAGGCACUUGGUGAAGGCUUUAGUGAAGUCUCUGUCCACAGACACCUCCCGGCAGGAGUCAGACGCCGUGUCCUAUAAGCCCCCUGACUCCAAGCUCAACCUGCCCCUGUUCAAGCCGUUCACACAGCCACGAAACACGGGCGGAGACUCCAAAACCGCCCCCUCUUCCCCGCUGACUUCUCCCUCCGAUACGCGCUCCUUUUUCAAAGUGCCCGAGAUGGAGGCUAAAAUCGAGGACACGAAGCGACGCCUUUCAGAAGUCAUAUAUGAGCCUUUACAGCUCCUCAGUAAAAUUAUAGGGGAAGAAACUGGCAGCCACAGGCCCAAAGCCUUAUCGUCAAGUGCUUCGGAACUCUCCAAUCUCUCCAGCCUGAACGGUCACCUGGAAAGCAGUAACAACUACAGCAUCAAGGAGGAGGACGGUGACUCAGAGGGGGACGGCUGCGCCAGUGACCCCAGCGCCCCCACGGGUGACCACCCCAGGGCCUCCAGUGAGCCCCCAAGAGAGGCGGAGCCCAAGAGUAGUUCCCAGGGGGGCGGCCUGAAGGACUCAGGCCUGAAGACGAGCUCACUAGUUCUUGAGAAAUGUUCCUUGUCUGCGUUAGUGAGCAAAGAAGAUGAGGAGUUCUGUGAGCUGUACACAGAGGACUUCGAUUUGGAAGCAGAGGCCGAGAGCACAGUCGAGAAGCUCCCGGAGAGCCCUCUCAAGCCUGCGGUGCCGGCGGAGGACGGUCUGGCCCUUGACAGUGGGUACGAGGUCCAGUCGGCCAUGCUGCACCCGGAAUUACCCGUGAAGACACUGGGCUUCUUUAUAAUGUGCAUGUAUGGGUACCUCGUCCUCCCUUUGCCCCAUUACGUGAACGGACUCCUCCUGGGAAUUGGUCUUGGAUUCAUGACUGCGGUUUGCAUGAUUUGGUUUUUUACACCACCAAGUGCUCAUAAAUAUCACAGGUUACAUAAAAAGCGACAACACUGGAACACGUGGUCUCUGGAUAUCCAAGAACCAGAAAUGCUAAAGGGAUGGAUGAAUGAGAUUUACAGCUAUGAUCCAGAAACUUACCACGCAACUUUGACACAUUCAGUCUUUGUUCGACUUGAGGGCGGGACCUUAAGACUUUCAAAGCCCAAUAAAAAUAUAUCCAGGAGGGCAAGCUACAAUGAAACAAAGCCAGAGGUUACCUACAUCAGCCAGAAAAUCUACGACCUUUCAGACAGCAAGAUUUAUCUUGUACCCAAAAGUUUGGCUCGAAAACGAAUCUGGAAUAAAAAGUACCCCAUUUGUAUUGAGCUUGGUCGACAAGAUGACUUUAUGUCUAAGGCCCAGACUGAUAAAGAGACUUCUGAAGAAAAGCCUCCAGCUGAGCGAGAGCUGGGAAGCGAGGACCCCAAGAAGCCACCCCAUCCUCAGGAGGGAACCCGAGCUGGCCAGCGAGACCAGAUACUCUAUCUCUUUGGGAGAACUGGCCGAGAGAAAGAGGAGUGGUUCAGGCGGUUUGUUCUGGCGUCUAAACUGAAGUCGGAAAGCAAGAAGGCCCCUGGUGUCUCUGCAAAUAAACCAGGGGUCCUGCCCUCGCACAGCAGGCACAGCAGCCCCUCUGGGCACCUGACCCACAGCCGCAGCAGCAGCAAAGGCAGUGUGGAGGAGAUCAUGUCCCAGCCGAAGCAGAAGGAGCUGGUGGGUGGCGUGCGGCAGAAGAUGCUUCUGGACUACAGCGUGUACAUGGCCAGGUGUGUCCCCCAAGAAAGCCGAAGCCCCCAAAGGAGCCCAGUGCUGAGUGCGGAGAGCAGCCCCACGACUGGGAAGAAGUUGCCAGAGGCCCCGCCCUCUGAGGAGGAAGAACAGGAAGCCUGGGUGAACGCCUUGCUCGGAAGAAUGUUUUGGGACUUCUUAGGAGAGAAAUACUGGUCUGAUCUGGUGUCUAAGAAAAUCCAAAUGAAACUCAGCAAAAUAAAGCUCCCCUACUUUAUGAAUGAACUAACUCUGACAGAACUUGACAUGGGGGUGGCUGUGCCAAAAAUCCUUCAGGCCUUCAAGCCUUAUAUUGAUCACCAAGGACUCUGGAUCGAUUUGGAAAUGUCCUACAAUGGGUCCUUUCUGAUGACUCUCGAGACCAAAAUGAAUUUGACCAAACUAGGUAAAGAGCCUCUUGUUGAAGCCCUGAAGGUUGGAGAAAUUGGCAAAGAAGGUUGCAGGCCCAGGGCGUACUGUCUGGCGGACAGCGAGGAGGAGUCCUCCAGUGCUGGCUCCUCAGAGGAAGACGACGCUCCAGAGCCCAGCGCAGGAGACAAACCCCUUCUCCCAGGGGCCGAAGGGUAUGUUGGAGGUCAUCGAACAAGUAAGAUCAUGAGGUUUGUCGAUAAAAUUACCAAGUCAAAAUACUUCCAAAAAGCAACAGAGACAGAGUUCAUUAAGAAGAAGAUUGAAGAAGUCUCCAACACACCCCUGCUGCUAACCGUGGAAGUGCAGGAAUGCAGAGGAACCUUGGCAGUCAACAUUCCACCUCCGCCGACUGACCGAAUAUGGUACGGUUUCCGGAAGCCACCACAUAUAGAGCUGAAAGCUCGGCCAAAACUUGGAGAGAGAGAAGUGACUUUAGUUCAUGUGACAGACUGGAUAGAGAAGAAACUGGAACAAGAGUUUCAGAAAGUUUUUGUCAUGCCAAACAUGGAUGAUGUCUAUAUCCCUAUAAUGCACUCGGCCAUGGACCCUCGCUCCGCUUCCUGCCUCCUCAAGGACCCACUUGUGGAGGCUGCUGAUCAGCUGUGAUGGGUGAAGAUCUGACCUUCCAGUAUUAGGAGACCUAGCUCAAGGUGUGGGGUUCUCGGCUGCCACCCGUGCUGUAGCACUGGCCUCUCCUCGUGCCACAGCUUCUGCCCUCUGCCUGCUGGUGCCCAUUCCACUGCGAGGUAUCAUUCCACGUGUCUGGGGAACUGGUAUCCAGGUUGCUGGCUGCAAAGCUUAGAUUCAGCCAAGGGGACUGUGGGACAAUCACCACAGUGGGCCCAGAGGCUACAGAUGACUCACUCCAUGGCUUUUUUGAGUCUACCAGUUUUUGUGGCAGCCAGAGCACAGUAAAAGCAAAGCUGUACAACUGGAAGGCUUUCCCUUUGCCUCAACUCCUCCAAAGCUUUUCCUCAGGCGGCUGGUGCACAAUGGAAUGAUUUUCUCACUUCUGCAUCUUGUGGGUGAUAUAGCCCUCCACGCUCCCAGAGAAUGUCAAUUCAGGAACAUGUGGAGGGUGGGGAGUGGAAUUUUGUGAACCAUUUCAUUGAUGAUAAAGAGAUACGCAUAGCAACUUAACUUCUUUUCAUAUUGUGCAUUUUGGAAGCAAGUAGCCAUAGAACACAUACACACUAACAUCCGAUUGACAGGGGUGGGGACAGUGGGAUUUAUGUGAACAUUAGGCAAAGCCAUGAGAUCAAACCAUCCCAAGCCUUCUACCAAUGAGAUACAAUCACCUGGUUUUAACUAAUCCCAAAUGUUUUCCUGAGACAUGAGCAUAUGUGAAAAUGUCAAAUACUGCACAUGAGUGGAUUGGGGUCAGGGUAGAGCCAGAUCCACAUCUUUCUAUCAGGCACCUCCUAUGUGCUCUGUGCUUUAUAUAGGCAUCUACAUGCUUUGUUAAUCUAACUGGUUUAGGGGUUAAUCUAACAGGUUUUGAGGUUGUGGGCAGUUUCCUCUUCUGACAGCCAAAACAAACUGUCACCUUUGAGAGUCCAGACCAAGUUUGCUCAACAUUAAACACUACAUUAUCUAAAAAUCCAUGUGACCUUUCUUUAAUGUUGCCAACCUUAUUUGGUGCAUUUGUGUCAGAAUCUUUAGUUUACAAGUUUGGGGGCUCCCUAGUUGUAGAAUUUGCUUUGAGAAGUACUCUUAAAACACAAUUUUUUAUUGUUUAAAAAGCUGCAUUCAACAUCAAAACUACCAUGGGUAACUUUUGAUAACUUACAUCUGUGGACAAAGCUAAUAGUGGUUUUUUAAACAGCACCUUGCCUGAACAUGACUUUAAAGAAAUUAAUACAUUGAAAAAAUAUAUUUGAAUCCUUGAUUACUUUAAUUGCACCAUUAAAACAUUUGACUUAAAUUAUUUGAUCGUUCCA